AUGACUAAUCAAAACAUCAAUUCCAAUGAUCUCAUGAUGUAGAAUAUGAUGAAAAUUUUUUAACAGCAGAUGAUGUAAAUGAUGCAAACUUAAUCAUCUGGUAUUCCAUUUUCUUAUAAUAGGAUUUGAUUUAGAAAAAUUUUACUAAAACAAAGUAAAUGAUAUGAAUUAAUUUUACAAUCAAAUGAAACCUGAAGAAUGCUAAUUGUAAUAGUCAUCUCAAUUUAUAAAUACAAAUAAUCCUAUUAAAUAUUAAGAAGUAUUUAUUAUCAUUAAGUAGGAAAACAACAUAAACACAAACAGAUAAUUGCAUUUUGAUGAUAUUUAAAUUACUUCCAAUUACAAAAAUGAAUUUCAUGAUUACAAGUUACCAGAAAAUGAUCUUUUUAAUUAAUAUAAAAAUAAAUAAGAUCAAAAGUAACGUUAACAAAGACCGCUUGAAUAAGAUGAUUAGCGAUCAACUAAAUAAUAAUUUCAAAAUUUUGAUUAAUCAGAAAAUGAAGAAACAUACAAUAGAUAAUCAAAAUAAUAAUAAAAAAGAUCUAAUAUAUUUGAUGAUAUGCCAGUUAAAUAAGCAAAUUAAGAGGAAUAAUAAAUUAGAUCAAAUUUUAAUAAAAAUAAUUUUUAUUAAUAAGAUGAAUCUGAUUAUAGAUAACAUUCUAAUCCAUUUGAUGAAAUGCCUAUUAAACCUAUCAAAAUAAAUAAUUUUGAUGAAAUGCCCAUCAAAAGUAAAAUAUAAGACGAUAUUAUCAAAUAAUAAUAAUAAGAUGAAUUUCAAUAAAAAAAAUAAUAGCAACUCAAAUAAUAAAAAUAAUAUGAUGAUUAUCCAAACAAGAAAAACAAUUAUGAUGAAGUCCCAAUCUAAGCAUCAAAAUAAAAUUAAAAUAAUUUUGAUGAUAUUCCAAUAAAAUCAUUUAAAAAAGGCUAUGAUGAUUAAACAGUAAAAAAUAAAAAGAAUUCAUUUGAUGAAGUGCCUAUAAAAGCUGCUAAAAGUCAAGGAUUUGACGAUAUUCCAAUUAAAACUAAUAAAAAUCAAACAUUUGAUGAUAUUCCUAUUAAAGCAAAUAAAAAUUAAAAUUUUGAUGAUAUUCCUUUAAAAACUAGUAAUAAUACAUUUGAUGAAAUACCAAUAAAAGUUAACAAAAAUAAGUUUGAUGAUAUGCCUAUUAAAACAAAUAAAAAUCAAGAUGUUGAUGAAUUACCUCCGAGAAAUACUUUUAAAAAACCUCUUGAAGAAGUUAAUUAUGAUGAGUAAGGUCGAAUAAAGAAAAAGCCUUUCUUAAAAAAAGGAACAAGAUAAUUUCUAUCAAAUGCAUAGUAAAGAUCUGAUAUUGCAAAAAAAGAACAUGCUGAAAUUUUAAAAGAGAAUAAUGCAACAGGAAGUCUACCUAUUUAAAAUUAAAUUAAUUAAAUUAGACCUUAAAAAAUGCAAUAAUAACAAUAAUAAAAAAUUGAGUUUAAAUAAGAAUAAAAAGAGAUUUAAUAAAAAACAAAAAAAUAAGAAAUAAUAAAGGAACAACCAAAAUAAUAGUAAUUUAAGUAAUAAUAAUAAUAAUAAUAAAAACUGUUGAAACAAAAAGAAGAAUCUGAAACAAACUAAGAUUCUUAUUAAGAAUAUUAAUUUGAUGAUAAUGAGGAUUGGAAUGAUGAACCUCCAAAAUAAUCAAAGAUUGCAACAUCUUAUUUUGGAUUAAAAAAAGAAAAGGAUGCAAAAGAGAAAAAAUAAGAGAAAUGUUAACCAUAAGAAUCUGAAGAAGAGAUUGUUAGAAAAUAUGUUUAAGAUAAGAUUGAUAACUUAAAUGCUGAAAUUGCUAAAUUUAAAAGUGAAAAUGAAAAAGUAAAGAAAGCUAAAGUUAAAUGUGAGGAUUAAUUGAAAUAAUUACAAAGAGAGAGAGAUGAAUGGGAGAAAUAAAAAGAAAUAGAAAAGCUUGAAUUAGAAGAAUGGAAAGAAGAAGAGAAGAAAAAAAUGCUUAGAGAGAAAAGAGUAUAAGAAAGAUAAUAAAAAACAAUAUAAAAUUUGCCAAAUAGAAAAGAAAGAGAAGAAAUAGAAUUAUUAAAAUAAUAGGUAUAGAAAUUAAUAGAAGAGUAAAAGCAAAAAGAUUAAAAAAAUAAGUUAUCUUAUGAUAGAUUAAAAAAAUAGAAUGAAGAACUAUAAUAAAGAAAUUAAGAAUUGUAAGCAGAAGUAAAAGCAUUGGAACUUAGAUUAUUAGAUCAAAAACGUCCAAAUUCUUAAUCUACAAUUUAAUAAAGUAAAUCAUAAUAAAUUUAAUUAAAAUCUAAUGUAUAAGGACUUUCUUAAAAGAAAGAAGUUCCUCAAUAAAAAAAUAGAAGGUAAAGUCCAACGUGUUUUGGAGAAGAAUAAUAAAUAAAACACAAGCAAUCAAUUUAAGAAUAUAAAAAAUAAACUUCAGAUCGAGAUGAUGAAGAUGAAGAUGAAAAUGAAUAUUAAAAUGAAAAUGAAAAUGAAAGUGAUAAUGAUCAUGAAGAUAUUGAUGAUAAAAAAUUAAAAUAGAAAAGAAAUAUUUAAUAAUAAUAAAAUAAUAAGAAAUAUGAUUUAGUGGAAAUGUAAGAUGAAGGAAUUCCGAUUACAAUAAAAAAUAUAAAUAGUUUAAUACCUGAAUAGGAAUUUAAUUAUGAUCAAAAUCGUUAUUAUUAAGGUUAUAAAAAGAAUAAAGAUAUACCUUCAAAAAUAAUUAAUUAAAAUGUUGCACCUGAUGGUAAGAUAUCUAGAUAAUAUUCUAAUGGUAAAAAAGAAGUUGUAUUUCAUAAUGGAGUAAAAAGGGAAGUGUUUCCUGAUGGAUAUGUUAUUGUUCAUUUUACUAACAAAGAUGUGAAAUAAACUUUACCUAAUGGAACAGUAAUAUAUUAUUUUGCUGAUGCUAGUACAACACAAAUUACAAUUGCAAAUGGUCCAAAUGUACUAUAUAUUAAUAUAAUAUUAGAUUUAUCGUUUCUCUAAUUAAUAGAUUGAGAUUCAUUUUACUGAUGGAACAAAGGAAAUUAGAUUUGGUGAUGGAACUGAAAAAUAUAUUAAUGCUAUUGGUGAAGAAUAAACAUUUUUCAGCGAUGGAAUUAUUUAAAAAAUUAAUAGUUAAAAAAUAAAGUAAAUCGAAUAUACAAAUGGAAAUAUAGAUAUUAUAUAUCCUGAUGGUCAGAUUUAAAGAUAGUUUAGAAAUUGA